CGCACAGCUGUUUUUGUUUUGACUGGAUUUGGUGCAGUUCUGGUCCUUUGGCCAGGAUAGUGAUUGUCGCGACGAAAUUUUGAACGCUGCGGAUUUAUCGUAGAGGUUCAAUUUAACGGAUCACUGACCAUAACAACUUUGACAUUGUUGUUCAUAAACAUCGCUGCUGUUCAUGCUUCACGGUAAAACUGGCAAAUAAAACCACAGUGACAACAAGUGCAUAUGUUGAAGGCCAAGAACAAAAGCAAAAAUCCGUUGUUGCGUCCGGAAAAGCGACUACACUUUUACAUGCACUUUUGCAAACGGCGUUUCUCAGAAUCAGCAACACGUAUGCCGGUACGUUCCGAAGCCGAAGCUGUGCAGUCAAUGUUCUUGCCCUAAGUAGUGGCGGCCGGAAAGACACACGCUUCGAGCGAAGAAGCGACUCCAACGCAUAUCGCAAAACCGGUUAAUUCAAGGGCUAGAAAGAGAAAGAGCGCAGCCAGUACGAGCGAAUCAUCAAUAGUAUCAUCAGUUUAAUUCACCGAAAGCAGCUAAUCGCAGCAGCAACCGAGGAGAGAGAACAGCAACCAACCAGUCCGCUGUUUGCUAUCAAGCUGGUCACCCGCUCAGAAUGUACUUGUCGUUUCGACGACGGCUACUGAAGAGGUGAUUAUUUUGUUCUUACCUAUAAAUAUUGCUUGUGUAAGAAGUUGCAACUGGCUGUGAACUUGCGCGUCAGCAAACACAGAACCGAACAAAGAUCGAACGUUAUCGAAGACUAAGAGUGUGACUCAAGCUCGAAUAGUAGUUAGUUCUUACAGAGCUUUUACGUUGUGUUGUGAUUAUUCUAAUAUCAGUGAAUCAGAAUAACUAGACGUUUAUAUAACGAUAUUUAAAAAUUUGCUUUGUUAUUACGGUUAUUAGCUACCGGUGUGCAUGUUUUAAAUCAUUUUCAUUAAAUUCCUUCAACUCAUCCAGCAUUCGAUUAAGUGGGUUUACUUUUUUUCGCUGACAAACGUCAAUCUCUCUGUAACCCCCAAACAAAGGAAUUAAAUAUAGUGACCAAAAUCGGUAUCCAAUCAAAGAAGUGCCACUCGAAUAAAUAAACAUCGGAAUUGAAUUUCGAAAAUAGAUCAAGUGCAAUCAGUGUGAACCUGUGGAGAGAAAGCAUCAAAUUGUGAAUUUGGCGAAUCCGUCUCGUGAAAGUGCAUCGUUAUAUUUCUCUUCUUACUAUCAGCAACAAAUAAUAGUGCCGUCCACGAACGAAACACGACGGCAAACGUAACAUUCAUUGGAAGCUCGGCUGUUUAGCUUAGCUAUACGGUUGGUUCGCAGGAUCGUAGCGAGAUCAACAAAGAUCAAAUCGCACGGUAAAUAAAGAUAACGCAGUCACGCGACAUGGCACGCAUCGAUAUCGACACGAUCAUUAAUGCCCUCUUCCGGACCACCGUUCUGCCGGGAAUAAUUGUGGCCUUCUGGCUCGCCGAUGUAAUAUGCCUUGCGACAUGUAAGAUUUGUAUCCUGGUGUUUGUGGUCAUCUUCAUCGUGCUACCGUUGAUAUUUAAAUAUUCAUUCGCACUGCAGAAGGGAAUUUUGUUCCUCACAUUCAUUACCUAUCCACCCAAUUUGGACCUGAAACGACCGGAGAAGAGCGGCCUCUAUGCGACGAGAAAUUUCUUCGUCACCUAUCGUGACCAGGAGGAAGAUUUCGAUGUGGACAUUGCGGUGUGGCAUGUUCUGCCGAACGAUCUGGUGCGUCGGUUCGGGAAAGAAUUGCAAAUUGAUGAGACAACUUUAUCCAACAUGACAGCUCCGGAAGCGGUGAGGGACAAAGUUGAUGGAUUGUCCAAGCAGCAGAGCGCAAAGUAUCGUGAGAUCGAAACCAUUCUACAUCGUGCCAAUCUAAAUCUGAACGACGAGGCUACCCAGAAGGAGCUGUUUGAGCAAACGCUCAAGACGUCAAGCAACGACAUUGUGCUGUAUCUGCACGGCAAUACGGCCUCGCGGGGUGCCUCGCAUCGGGUGGAGCUGUACAAGAUGCUGCGCAGCCUUAACUACCAUGUGAUAACGCUGGAUUACCGCGGGUACGGUGAUUCGACUGAUGUUUCCCCAACUGAGCGAGGUAUCGUGUAUGAUGCUCUCGCCGUUUAUCAGUAUAUAACCAGCAUUAGCAGCAAUCCCGUCUAUCUUUGGGGUCACUCGCUGGGCACCGGGGUAGCGACGCAUUUGCUUUCGCUGCUGACUGACAUGAGUUUACCGGGACCGAAGGCAGUGGUACUGGAGAGUCCGUUCAAUAACAUUCGCGAAGAGAUAUGUGCUCAUCCGUUUUCCAAGCUUUACCGACAUCUGCCAUGGUUUGAUUUCAUGAUUAUUAGUCCGAUGUACGACAAUCAGUUACGGUUUGAGUCGGACCACCAUAUUUCCGAAUUCCGGCAACCCGUUCUGAUUCUACACGCCGAAGAUGAUGCAGUUGUCCCUUUCAAAUUAGGUUACAAAUUGUACCGCGUUGCUUUGGAUACACGUGGAAAAGCAUGGGGUCCUAUCGAGUUUCAUCGGUUCGAGAAGACCAGUCACUACGGACAUCGGUACAUUUGUCGAGCGCCAAAUUUGCCGGAAAUCGUGUUGGGUUUCUUCCGCACCUAUCGCGACGCAAGCUACUAGUGAUAUUUGCUGGUUGAUUGGCCUGUCGCUUAUUGGCUGACGCGAGAAACCAGAUAGCAAUAGAGGAAGUACAUAGAGGUAAGUGCCAACUUAUUGUUCUUCAGUUGUGGGAGAAAAAAUUAGAAAUCUUGUGAUGCUAUUGAACCCAAUCCCAAGAUAAAUUGAUAAUAAAACCGUAGAUCAACAAGACUAGAUUGAAUUCGAAUGAAUUGAUAGAUUUUGCAGUCACAUUUAAUGACACUUUUUUUUCUCUCUAUGAAGUAAAAAUGUUGAAUAACGUUGUACAGGAAUAUGAAUAAAAUUCAAACUUUGAGUGAAAGCAACCGUAGUUUAAGUAGGUAUAGAACGUUACCAUACCUUCGGCUCAGACUUGAUAGAGUGUAAAAGUUUUAGAUAGAUUUUUACCGACGUUUUUCAGUGGUUUAAUUUUAACAUGGAAAAACCCGUUCGUCGGUGAUAAUAAAACG